AAUUAAAACAGAUGCAAGUUUAUUUGAUAUAAAACCUACAGUCCGCGAGUAAAAUCCUUGGGCAAUUGCCACACGAGAAGAAGGGAUACUACGUCAGUUUCAUCAAAUCCCUGAUAAUGACAGAAGAAGCGAACUACGAACUUGUGAUAGAGGACACUGUGAACAGUGGGCUUCACGCUAUGGUGCUGGCUCUCGGGUACAAGGUCGGAAUCGUUGACGCUAUGGAUUGCCUGUCAAAACCUUGUACAGCGGCAGAGAUCAGUGAGGAGGCUAAUUUGAAUUUAAGAUAUGUUGAAGAAUGGCUUAUGUGCAUGUCUGCUAAAUGCAUCAUACAUUAUGAAAACGGGAAAUACAGAAUGCCGACUUCAAAUCGGAUUCGGAAAGCCGUACAUACCUCCGCUGUUUUGCCAAUGUUUGCAGAUUGCUUCUCAAAACUCGAGACAGCCAUGAAGAAUAAAAACACCAACACAGGGUAUCAAUAUCCGACUAUGGAGCUGGAAUGGCUUGGGAAGUACAGUGAAUUAAGCCAUAUUAAUCAAUCGUGGAUUCUGGAUAACAUACAACCAGUAAUAUCUCAGUAUAAAAUGGAAACCAGAAAGUCACCUACAAGUGUUCUUGACUUUGGUUGUGGUUAUGGAAAACUUGGGAAGGAAUUGGCCGACUGUUGUCCUCAGUUUGACAUAUAUGGCACAGACAUUGCCGCAGAUGCAAUUCAGUACUGCAAGGCUUCGUCUACACACCCUAAUAUACAUUUUGCCGUAUUUGAUGAUGACAUUAAAUCUCGCUGGUCGGAAAAAUUUGACAUUGUCAUUUUGAUGGAGGUAUUGCAUGACCUACCAAAUCCUGUUGAAGUUCUCUCGCAAGUAGAUAGUAUUCUAAAACCAAGUGGAUAUAUCAUAGCAUUUGACCCCAAUGUGUCAUCAAACACGUCCGAAAAUAUUGGUCAAAAGGCUCCGCAGAAUCAUCUACCGUAUAGCGUAUUUUUCUGCUUACCGAAUAGUUUGUCGAAAAAGCCUGCCGUGGGACACGGGGCUAGUUGGGGAAUCGAAGACAGAAAACAAUUUCUUACAGACAAUGGAUAUAGCUUCGUACAUAUCGAGGACAAAGGCCGAUCUGUAGAUACGCACCAUUACAGAAUUGUUUUCAGAAAGUGAACUAAUGGAUUACGUUUUAAUUUGUACCUGUAAAAUAUAUUUCCCUAAUUAAAUGAUAUACCAAUUCUU